AUGGCCGUCCAGCAAGCACCCAACCAUUUCGGCAGACUCGUCUGUCUUGUCGCCUUCUUCCUCUUCUUCCACUCUGGAUACUCAACCUUUGAGCAUCUCUCAUACUUGAAGGCAGUCGAUGGACGCGAGAGCGGCCUUCCUCUUGAUAUCACGAUCGAACUGUUGGCAUCUGUUGCGCUCUUUGGACUCGGAAUCGUGUUAGUUGCCGACGACUUCAAGGAGAUCCUCAUGGAGACCGAGAUGGCCAAGCAGUCUAUUGAAUCUCUUGAUGCCCGGCCAUCGUUCUACUCGUUCAACCACCGUGGCAGAGCUGUCUUCAAAAAUGUCAUCUUGAAGGACGAGAUGUAA